CUCACUCGCGCCCAAGAUGGCAGUCGCGGCGCUGCUUCGGGGCGCGGCUGCGGGGCGCAGAAGCCCGGCUUGGCGCUGGCGGCCGAGCGGGUUCCCGAGACGCUGCGUGUCCCGUGGCUCCGGCCUUCUCGGGGGCAACCCCGCAGAUGGAGGGGCCUGGACCUGCUUCCGGCUGGACGAGCGCGCCUUAGUGCGCGUGCGCGGCCCCGACGCUGCGCCUUUCCUGUUGGGACUGUUGACCAAUGAGCUGCCGCUCUCGGGGCCUUCGCCCGGCGCGGCUCAGCCCUCUGCGCGUGCGGCGUAUGCCCACUUCCUGAAUGUGCAGGGACGCACGCUCUAUGACGUCAUCUUGUAUGGACUCCCCCAGUGCACUGAAGAGGCACCAGGCUUUCUCCUAGAGUGUGACAGCUCUGUGCUGGGCGCCUUACAGAAGCACCUCACCGUGUACAAGAUCCGUCGGAAGGUCACUGUGGAGCCACACCCGGAGCUCCGUGUGUGGGCUGUGCUCCCCUGUGACCCCCAGACCCCUGAGGCUGCACCACUAGAAGAGAGAGUGGAAGCCACCACCAUCCUCACCCGUGACCCUCGGACUGUGCGCAUGGGGUGGCGGCUCCUCACCCAGGAUGAUGAUGGCCCAGCCCUGGUGCCCAGGGCACAGCUUGGGGAUCUCCAAGAUUAUCACAUGCACCGGUACCAGCAAGGCAUUCCUGAAGGGGUCUGUGACCUGCCCCCAGGGAUGGCCCUCCCGCUGGAGUCCAACCUGGUCUUCAUGAAUGGUGUGAGCUUCACUAAGGGCUGCUACAUUGGGCAGGAGCUGACAGCCCGCACCCACCACACAGGUGUCAUUCGCAAACGCCUCUUCCCUGUGCGGCUUGAAGGCUCCCUGCCUGCCAGUGGCAUCAGCCCUGGCACCUUGGUGGUGGUAACUGCAACAGGCCAGGCAGCGGGCAAGUUCAGGGCCAGCCAGGGACACGUGGGGCUGGCUCUGCUGCGGUCAGAGACGAUCAAGGGUCCUCUCCACAUCAAGACUUCUGAGAGCCAGCAGGUGGCUGUGACUGCCUUCGUGCCGGACUGGUGGCCCACGGCUGCCAAGUAGCUGGAUGCUCUGGAGCUCCAGUGGCCUUAGCGUUGCCAGGUGCCUCUGAGCCUCUGCCCAAGGUCUUCUACUCCAUAUGCUGCACCCUGUUGGGCUUGAGCAUCUCCUCCUGUGGUGGCCUCCUGGAACACUCCGCCUGGGAAAGACCCAUGUGUUCCAGCCUCCAGACUGGAUGGUGCUUCUUGCAGAGGGUCCUACUCCUGAGGGCUGUCCUCUCCCGAGAAAGUCUAUGAAUGGGAACAGCAUAACCACCCCAAUGCCGGGAGAGGGAAAGAUCUGAGCUCUCAUUUGGACCCGAUUUUGAAUGAGAUUUGAUACAGUCCAUGGGCCAAGGAGAGGUUGAGGCCUAUGUCUAGUGCCAAGUCCCUAGCCUUGUUUCCCCUUGGAGGAAGGUCCACUGUGCGCCUGCACAGUUGCUGGGCCAGGCUUUCUGUUCUCUUGAAACUCAUCUCAGGGCAGGGGUUGUAUAGGUUGUGUGCAGAGUGGGGAGGUCAGAUCCUGUGAGCUGGGGCAUGUGUCCCAAGAGCCACAGGGGUCGCAUGCCCACUGUCCCAAGGGCUCUUCUCACUUCUCAAAGUGAGCUGCUGCCUUUUCACACUCCCCUGGAAGCCCUAGGAGGGUUGGAGCCCUGGGCUUAGGUCUGUCUGGGAGGAGCUUCUGCCUGGGUAACAUUUUUGCUGGUGUGGGAUGUCAUUAGUAGGAGGUGACUUGCUGCAUACUGAUGGAGUGCAUACCUCUCUCUGAACCACUUUUUCUAACCUUUGUAAUGUGAAUCAGGGGUCUCGUUGGGAAGCCUAAGGAAGGCCUAGUAAAGUGUGGUCUGCAAACAGCC